UCAGGGCUCGAAAUACUGGGUGCACGUGCACCCAGGUGCACCCAAAAAUUUAUUUGUGCACCCAAUUAUUUUCUGUGGGUGCACAGGGUGCACCCAAAUAUUUUUGUGGGUUUACCUAUGUUUAACAUGCUAUUAUGCACAUUAUUCUUGACAUCCAAGUGUUACAAAUAUACUUGUUUAAGAAUUGGGGUUGUUAAGUUGGAAUUUGGGUUCAUCGAAAUCUAACAAGACGCAAAACAGCGUGCGUGCCACGCCGACAUCGUGAACCGCACGCCGACCAACUUCCGGGUUCCGCUGGUAACUCUGGACAAGAGAACGCACGCUGAUAAUCCUGGACAAGAGAACGCAGUCAUGUGAUCAAAACAUGACAUCAUCUGUGUUUCGGGAGUUUUCGGUACUUCCUACGAUAUCUUCCGAGACGAGAAUAUGUUAAAUUCGUGCAUUUUCGUCUUAACCUCGCUGAUCUCCGCGACCACAUCGGUCACGAUGUCAAGGUCGGCAAAAUUCGGUCUUAGAAUUCCCGGAUGUCAAAGCGUGAACAUGUCAAAGCAAACAUCUUUGCUACGCUUCCUAAGUAGCCCAAACUCAGGGCAUGGGCGUGGGGGUGGACGCCGAAGCAACGACACUCAAGAUCAAGAUGAUCCAGAGAUCCAAGAAACACCGCCUGAGCCUUCAGAGCGUGAGGAAUCAGGAACCAGAAGAACCCAAUUUUCCUCCGGCGAGGCAGAGGGGGAGGGGGGCGCCCACGUGCGCGAGGAAAAUAACAACAUUCCAGGGCCGUCCACGGCGUCGGCUCCCCCCCAGUCGGAGUCCGAUACAGAAGAAACAGACAGCGGGUCUUCAGCGACAGAAGAAGAAGAAGAAGAAGAUGAAUCCGACAGCGAUUCUGCGACAGAAGAAGCUGCCAAAAGGCCAAAGCUUUGUGACCAAGUGUCCUUGGAUGAGAAGGCCAAAAAGAAGAAGAAGAAACAAUACAAAUUCCAGGAUUCCUGGAUGACUGACGACAAGGGAAAAAAGAGAUGGUGGCUGAAACACUCUAGAAGGCGCAUUAUGUGGUGUGAGGCAUGCAAGAAAUAUGAUAAAAGUGGGAAGAGAAAUAAAUUCAUCAAAGGAUGUACAUCAAUGAGAAUAAAGAAUGUGCGAAAACAUGAAAAAAGACCAGAACACAAAACUGCAGUUAAGAAAUUGGAAGCUGAAAAUGUACCAGUUCAGCAGAGACCAAUGCAGAAAGCAGUAUUACGAAUGGAGGAAAAGAAAAUUGAUCAGAUGCAAUGUUUGUUUAGAACGUCAUUUUAUCUGGCAAAGCAAGGGAGACCAUUUACAGAUUUUCCGGGUAUUAUGCGACUGCAGAAGAAGAAUGGUAUCGAUGUGGGGCAAACAUACCUCAACGACAAAGAGGCAAGGAUCUUUGUAGACUUUAUAUCAGAAGAAAUGCGUAAAAAGUUGUCAAAUGCGGUAAAAGAUUCUGAUUUUAUCGCCAUAUUAGCCGAUGGCAGUACUGAUAGAGGGUCUAUUGAAGAGGAGGUUAUCCAUGUCAGAUACCUCAAGGACAACCUGGAGCCAACUACAGUGUUUGUUGCGCUAAAGCCCCUUGACAGAGGAGAUGCUCCGCACAUUACGGAGGCUGUGGUAACAGCUUUGAAGGAAGACCUUGAGUUGGGAGAGUCCUGGAGAGAUAAACUUACUUUUGCAUGCUUUGACGGCGCACCCGUAAACAUGGGGAACCUUAGCGGAGUUGGGGUACGCUUACUAGAGGAAUGUCCGCACCUCAUUGUCCUGCAAUGUUGUGCGCACAGACUCGAACUUGUCUUCAAGGACGUAUUGAAAGAAGUAGCAUACUUCUCCACAGUUCAUGAUAUGUUUACUACUAUCUACAAAUUCUACCACUACUCACCCUUAAAUUGGCAGGGACUUAAGAAUGCUGCAGAAGCUCUCCACAUUCAGGUCCUGAAACCGCCCAAGGCAACUGGUACGAGGUGGCUGCCACACCAAGAGCGUGCCUUAAAAGCCAUUACACGAGACCAUCCCGCCCUGGUCCAGCAUCUUGGACAGCUUGUAGAACAUGGUCAACUGGGGAGUGGUGAUAGCCGGGACAAAGCAAAGGGAAUCCUCGAGGUGGUAAAAUCUGUCAAGUUUGUGUUGUUUGCACUGUUCUUGGCAAAAUACCUGGACCUUGUGUGUUCAGUGUCCAAAGUCUUUCAGGAUAAUGAAAGUACUCUGGAAUCUGUUUUCAGGCGGGUAGACAGUGUGGUAAAAUCUUUGACUAAGUUGUGCAGCCCCUUGAAGCUGACCAGACUCAUGUCUGAGGUGGAGGAAAGGGAUGGGACAGUGCUGUGGAAGGGAUCCACAUUGCACAUGGGAAGAGCACAGCGUGGUAGACCAUCAGAUCUUGCUGCACAUAGGGGAGAAGUCAUCAGAGAUUGUCAGCAGAUUCUCAAUUCAACUUUACAUCAUCUCGGUCGUAGAUUUGAUGCUUUGCUCAGUCAGUCUGUACUCUCUGCAGCAAGAGUCUUCCAGUUCUCCAGCUGGCAACAGGAAGAUGAAGAGGAGGAAGAGGAUGACACUGAAGAUGACAUUGAGGAAGACAAACUGAGGAAAAUCUACAGACACUUCCAAAGACCACUGGAAGUGAAUGGGUUUGAGCUUGAAAGUGCCUUAAGAGAGUGGCAUGAGCUGAAAAGAGUUUGCAGGACCCAGCUGUCCGGUAUGCGAAGACCGCCAUCAUUUAAGGACUUUUGGGUGAUGAUGUUAAGGCGCGAGGAACAAGAGUACAGGAAUGUGUUCCAACUACUUCGCCUGGUACUGACAAUCCCCAUACAUACGGCGGAGUGUGAGAGGUCGUUUUCGCUAAUGAAUCGAGUCAAAACAGACUGGCGGUCUUGUCUUGCCCCUGCAUGUCUCACAAGCCUGAUGGCAAUAUCAUUGAGUGAACAAUCAGUUGAAACAUUUGACCCUGUGCCUGCCAUAAGGCUGUGGUGGACAGCAGGGAGGCGACGACCUUCAACUGCCCCUUAUGGGCCCAGACCACGUGGUGAGACUGAAACUCCCAUUUCAGAUUCAACAAGCUCAGAAGAGGAACAGUAAGGUUUGUAAGUAGGGUUUUCUACCUAAUUCUAUGCUAUUUUAUGUGGUGCACCCAAAAAUUUUUUGGUGCACCCAAUUUUUUUGGUUGGGUGCACCAGUGCACCUAAUCCCAAAAAUGAAUUUCGAGCCC